AUGAUUGAUAUUAACGUAAACAAUAUAUUUUUUAAAUCAUAUUCAAUUGAUCCAAACUCUGGACACUCUAUAUAUGUGUUUGAUUCAACAUAUUUACCAGAUCCCACUGAGAUUGGUGGUGAUAAACAAGUUUAUGAUUUGUUAAUCGACGAAUUGAUGGAUAUGUUAAUUACAAAAUUGCCGCAAUCUCCAUAUUCUUUGGUUGUCUUCUCAUCUGGUUUCACUGAAAAAAAAAUCAGUUGGGUAUACGGUAUCAAAAUGUUUUCUAAAUUACCUAAGGAGUCAAGAUUUUUCCUUCAAAAGACAUAUAUUGUACAUGAAUCAUUUUUCAUUAGGACAGUAUACCAGGUUUUAACAAAUGCUAUGAAUAUUAAAUUCUUACCAAUGUUAGGAAAGGACACUUCACAGGAAGAAGAAAACUCUCCAGAAAGUUCUGUUGCUGUGGUACAUGUUCCUGAUUUAACUACGUUAUCUAGAUUGAUUGAUAUCACACGAUUGAGAAUAUCCUUAAAUGUUUAUCUUCAUGAUUAUGAAAUUUGUGAAUAUAUUGAUGUACCAGAAGAAUAUUUUACAAGAUUGACAGACCUUGCUAAAAGAAAAUAUAGACAACUUAUCUUCGAUAAAAUCUUUAAAAAAAUUAGCAUAUAUGGUGUAAAAACAGAAUUACUUUUUCAAAAACCAGGUACCUAUAGAAAAGUUAAUAUAUUUCUUGAUAUAAUAGAAAGAAAUAAUUAUAUCGAUAUAUCACAAUGGGAUAUAUAUUCACUAGGAUCUGUAUUUCUUCAUUUCGUUAAAAAUAAAGCACAUCCAUUGGUACCAAUUGAUAUGAUUCAAUUGCCUAUAUCUGAUGAUAUAAAUUAUACAUUCAGAACGUUUGUAGAGAUGAUAAAUUUCAAUAAUUAUUAUCAUUUGUUCAUUACUAUCUUUCCACUAUUUAUUUCAAUAAUGAAAGCCGAAGAGAUCACAAAGCAUACAUCGAGAAGUCUAAGCAAAGCAUUAGCACCAACAUUAUGCAAAGAGAAAUUAUCAAUGAAUAAUACCGACAGGUUAGCCAUUGGUACAAGAUUUAUUAAAAACCUGUUAGAAAAUUUUGAUCAAAUUGUCAGUUUAUGUGAGAAAUUGAGUAGAAGAGGUAGAUCCACAAGUUCAACAAAACCACUUCCAAUGCCACCUGUAAAGAAAGUACAAUCAAUACAGACAACACCAGGCAGUAUACAAUCAACACCAAUGGCUCCACCUGUACUACCAAAACCUAGAAAGUCUAGUCCCUCAAAAUAUAAUACUAGUCCAAGUAGAAGCUCAUCUGGUUUUAACAAUGAACCACGUAGUGAGAGCCCUAUAAAGUCAUUCUCUUCACUCAAACUUUCAAAGGAUGAAGAUUUAUCACCUGAAACCACUGACUCUAUAAAUAGACCUAAAUCUCCUAUGCAAUUGUCUCAGAAAUCUUCUAUUCCGAACCUAUCAAUCCGUAUUAGUAGUACAGAUUCUACUUUAUUAAGUUCUACCGAAUUAACAGAAGAAAAUUUGAGGUUUAAUAACAUGGGCUCUAAUUACCAAAGCCGUGUAUCAAGUGGGGCGACUGUUGUAUCAGGACAAAGAUCUGCUUCUGGAUCAUCUGUCAUGAGAACACCGCCAAGUAUAAUGAGUCUUCCGGACACUACAGAACCUGCAAAGAACGACACUAAUGGAGUUGAAUAUGAUGCAAUGAGAGAUAUGGUAACGGAUAAUGUAGAACCUUUACCAGUCUCAAAAUUCGAGAAAUUCGAUAAAGAGUUAAAAAAGAAACAACUGGCAAAAAAAGCAGAGAUUAAAACCAAGGAUCAGUUUUCUCAAGUAGGAUUUUCAGGUAUGAAAGAAGGUUUGCAAGCUAGUAAAGUAAGCAAAUUGGCCGCAUUAUACGAAGAGAGACUUCAAGGUUUGAAGGUUAUUGAUGAAAUGAUGAAAAAGAAAUGA